AUGACACUCCAGCGAUUACGGCCAAUAACUCAUCUCACGGGAAUAACCAAUUCAAAAUAUGCUACAUAUCCUCGAGCAUGCAUCUCAACCGUAUGCCCUCGCCUAACACAACACCCUGCACCCUCCAGCACCCGGCUUCUGCCGCGAAUUCUUGACCCAGCGGUCUGGUUCCCGUUCCACAAAACCGAGGCGAAGAAAGGGCAAGCAGCCCCAAAGGAAGAAAAGCCCAAAAUACAUAAUCCUGUCACCUUCUUCGUUGUUGGUCUCACCUUUUUAAGGGAAAUAUGACGGGUGGAUUAAUUAAUGGGCGCAGGUCAUGGCGAUGCUCAUCGGUUCGCAAGGAAUUCAAAUGAUCCGUAUCAGACAGACUCACGAGGAUUACAUGUGGCGGGCAGAUACAAAGAUUGCGGUUCUACGGGAGGUCAUUGAACGGCUAGAGAAGGGGGAGGAUGUGGAUGUUGAGAAGAUGCUAGGGGUAGGUAAUGAGAAGGAAGAAAAGAGUUGGGAGGAGGGUAUGCAUUUUCUAUUCCUGGGUAACCUGAGCGGGUGCUAACGGCCGAUCGCAGUCUUGAAGCAAUUGGAGGAGGAAGACGCAGAGUGGGCAGCGAAGAGGAACCAGAAGGCUCAACCUACCCCCUCAAUUGAAAGAAGCGCUAGCCCGGCUGCGGAAACCUCCAACCCAGAGGAAAAACCAGAAGAAAACAAGAGGUCAAGGGAAGAACCAUUAAAGCCGCGGGGCCCAAGAAGUGCUCGAGAUUAUGGAUUUAGUUAG